CGGUCGCGAACCCAAGUACGCAAAUGUUGCUCAGUCGUCGUUUCGCGUUUUGGCGGAUCGGUUCAAGUCGCUCCUCAGGUCGUUUGCCUUAGCUCGCCGUUCAGACUCAUUGAGGCCGUAAAUCACUGAGCCCGUAGUCCUUAGUACCGAUAGCCGACAGUGCGGUUGAACUGUGUUUUAAUAUUCAUAAUUGGUGUUCGGUAAAAUCAGUGCUGGUGGGUACGGAUCGGAACUGCGCACUCCAGUAUGCUGCGAAUUCCGUCGACGAAGUUAUGUCUGGCUGGUGGAAUUAGAACCUUCCACACCAGCAAACCUCUUGCCUGCUCUUCAUCUCCCGCUCCACCUAUCACAAACGAACGCAACCAGAGUUACAUCCACCACAUCGGGAAGGAUCCCCUGGUAUACCGAAACGUUGGCCAACAUCUACGCCUCGCUGCCGAAAAGUAUCCAAACAAUGAAGCCUUGGUAUCAUGCCACGAGAACAAACGGUUCACAUAUUCCGAAGCGUUGGAAAAGGCCGACCGCAUUGCUGCGUCUUUCUAUCAGCUUGGUCUGAAAAAAGGAGAUCGCGUCGGAAUUUGGGCGCCCAACGGAAGCCAGUUCUAUUUGUCAUCGUUGGCCGCUGCACGAGCUGGGAUGAUUUCGGUGGGCAUCAAUCCAGCUUUCCAAGCACCCGAGGCAGAAUAUGCUCUGAACAAAGGCGGUGUUAGGGCGUUAAUUCUGGCUGAGCAGCAUUAUUCAACAAGCUACUACGAUUUGACAAAACAAAUAAUUCCUGAGUUAACGAGCAGUUCGCCGGGUAAGCUGAGAAGUGCUCGAGUGCCGACGCUGGAGACAGUCAUCGUUGAUACUGCCGAUGCGGUUCCACUACCUGGAACAAUGUUGUACAAGGACAUGCUACAACUUCCAACCGAACAACACAUUUCGGAAAUAGAAUCUCUUCAGAUGAGCAUCUCUCCAGAAAGCGGGUUGAACAUGCAAUUCACGUCCGGUACCACCGGUCUGCCAAAAGCAGCUACUGUAACCCACAACGGUUUCGUGAACAACGCCAUCCACUUGGCCUAUCGCAAUGAGUUCAAUUUGAAGCAUCAUCGAAUUUGCCUCCAGUUGCCGUUGUUUCAUGCGUUUGCUAUGGUGGUUGGAGUCCUGACCGCAUUCACUUAUGGAACGACUAUCGUCGUACCGGGUGCUCGAUACAAACCAAUGGAAUCCCUCGACGCAAUCGUCAAAGAGAAAUGCACAGCCAUUUACGGUACACCCACUAUGUAUGUGGAUCUGAUAAACAAGGUUCGCGAAUUGAAUUUCAAGGUUCCUCCAAUUGACUUGGUCGUCACCGGAGGUGCAACCUGUUCUCCCCAACUCUUCUCAGACAUCCUGGAGUUCCUCAACGUCCGCAAGGCGAAAACCGUAUAUGGAUUGACGGAAGCCUGUGGAAUUGUCUUCCAGUCGUUGUUCCACGACACCCGAGAUCAUAUUCUGAACACGGUCGGCCAUCUAAUGGACCACUUCGAAGCAAAAGUAGUGGACUUGCAGGGAAAUAUCGUUCCAUUUGGAACGCCUGGCGAACUGUGCGUUCGCUCGACGGCGAUGAUGCUGGGCUAUUGGGACGAUGAGAAGAAAACGAAGGAAACGCUCGGCGACGACGGAUGGUUACGAACUGGAGAUCAGUUUGUGCUGCGAGAGGACGGUUACGGAAAGAUUGUGGGUCGGGUUAAGGAGAUUAUUAUUCGGGGUGGAGAGAAUCUCUUCCCGCGGGAGAUUGAAGAUUAUUUGAACACGCAUCCCAAGGUUCUAGAGACGCAUUGUGUGGGCGUUCCGGACGAACGGAUGGGAGAGGAAAUUUGUGCCUAUGUUAGGCUGAAAAAAGAAGGGGAGACGUUGACUUACGAAGAGGUUAAGGAAUUUUGUAAGGGACAUUUGGCGCAUUUCAAGGUGCCAAAAUAUUUGCGAGUAGUAGAAGAAUAUCCAAAAACAACGUCUGGAAAGGUGCAGAAGUUCAAAUUGGUAGAAAUGUUCAAAGAUGAAAUGCGGAAGAGCGGAUAGUGGCGAAUGGCGUUAGAAUACUUAAAAUUUCAGGAGCACUAAUUUACGCAUUCAAAACCCCGAGAACCGUUUCAGUUAUGUCUAUCGACUGUUCGACUGUUAUAGCUAUAAUAACGCGGCAUGUGGCCAUUUUUUCGACAAUAAUCCAUAACUUUCGUCUUCAAAGUAAUAGCUUGCAGGAACAAUUGAAAAACCACAUUUGUUUUCUCUUAGUUCAGGAUUACAAUUUCAGUUUAUGUUUUCUCUCAUUUGAGUGAAUUGCACAGGUUUUAUGAAUGUAACGGAAGUGAAACUACCGUCAAUCCUAUCUUUGAGCAGUGAGCUUAAGCAUAUUUAGCGCUUCUACGACGGUCUUCCGUUACUACCUACAAACAACUGUGUUAUGGUUCUAAAUACGGAGUAUUUUAAAUUACGGUUACGGAAAAAGUAGUCACUUUUUUUUAAACGUUCUGGAAAACGUAUUUGAAAUCACGGUGAGUUUUUGCUAGUUCACGAAUUCGGGGACGCUUUUUUUGCAUGUAAGAAAGUUUGUUAUUAAACGCUUGAUUUUUUUUUGUAAUAAUCGAGCAUGCAUGCACUGCCAUAUAAGGUGAUUUAAAUGUGAGCCUAUUGGUGGGUAUAGCAAUCAAUGGCACGGUCAGAAGUUAGUGAUUUAUGCCGUCAGAUGUUAGUGCACGGAGUCUCUAUAUUGGGAAAUAUUAUUUUUCAAAAAUCAGUAUCUCUGAAACACCCACCACGUGAAAGUAUAUGAUCUCCUCUUUCAUAUCGUGGGUAAACUAAAAUGUUCUAUCGGGGGAUCUAAAACCAUUUUAUUUUAUUUUUUUCACUGUUUUUGGUGCAAACUCCAUAGAAAUCUCAAAUGAUAGCCGAUUUAAAACCUCCCCCCAAAUGUAUGGAGAAAUGACCCCCGAUAAAACAUUUUUAAAAUGCACCUAAUUGAAAGAGGAAAACCAAUACUUCUAUGUAGCGGGUGUUUUAGAGAUACACAGAAAAAAUAAUGAAAAAUAAACAGCGCGUAAAACUUAACAUGCAUAAAUUAACGCUAUUCUACGCUGAAACGGUUCUCUUCCUAACAAGAUUGCUUACAAGUUGUAUGCAAUAUUGACGAUUCACGUCAAAAAUUGUAUACAUUUGGGCUAUCUUCCGUGUAGAACUACGCGAAUAAUGGCGUUCCAUUUAUGUGCAUGGUUUUUAGCGUAAAUUUCAGUAGAUUUUUCUAUCUGUGUAUUGAUUUUUUGAGAAUAAGCAUCUUCGGGCAAAGACACCGUGAGUGCCGUCAGAAGUUAGUGUUUUCUGCUGAUAAAAGAUAUUUUAGUUACCAGAUAAAGAUUGUCGCUUCCGUUCCCUUUGUUCUGCUGUCCGAAACAUGUGUGGUACCUAACUGUCAAAUCGUAUGUAUUUUUCCUUCAUUGACAUUUAGAUCCCCUAUCCUCGCCAGCAAAAGAUGUUCCGGACAGCGACGACAGUGACAAUCUUUAUCUGGUAACUAAACUAUCUUUUCUGCUGAUGCACUCCUCCCCUUACAGUUAUGAUUCCACUUAAGGUGAUUAUACAAUCAAGCCAAGUGGUGAAUUUCAAAUUCACCACACGGUUUCUACUCCUGUUAUGAAAAGUUCAAAGCUAGCGUAAUAAUUUUCGUACAAUGUUGAAAUUAAAGUCGAUUGUUUAGCAUAAGUAAGCAAACGAUCUACGGAUGUUUCAUCUCCAUGGGCGAUGUGGUUCUCUCACUUCGUGCUCUUGAAAAAUCACUAGAAAAAGCACGUGGUUUCCAAGAUGGCCGAUUUGUGGCUUUGUUGUAUAACCACCUUAACGAUAUUCUUAACAUUCUGUGUCUUCUAUAAAGCCACAAAAUCGAUCAAUUCAAGACAAAAUUUUCAAAACGACUUAUCUGCUUUUGUAAACAAAGAUUCUAACGACGAUUUGACGAAUCUGAUAGCUCUCCCA